AUGCAGUUCACCACCAAGAUCUCUGUCGCCCUGCUGGCUGCUCUGGCCGCCAGCUCUGAGGCCACUCACGCUCCUGCCCGUCACCACCGUUUCUUCCACGGCAGAGCCCUUAACCAGACCGCCACCUCCACUUCCUCCAUCUUCGUCUACCCGACUCCUCCUAGCUCGUCCUCCGCGGCCGCAGGCUCUUCGUCGGUUGUCUCUAGCUCCUCGGCCGUUGUUACCUCUAAGCCCAUCCUCAGCACGGAUGUCAGCUCCGGCCUGCCCGUCACCACUGAGACCUUGACUGGUACUUCGGACGUGACCGUGACCUACACCCUGGGGACGGGUUCUUCUCGCUCGGUGGUCACCACCACGAUCCACCGUACCGCCACCAGCACCGAGACUGUCUACGCUAGUGCUACCUCCACUGGAGGAGCCUCCGAGGGAUCUUCCACUGAGGGACCUUCUGCUGGUACUUCUACCUACACGAUCCUUCCUGUGACUUCCUCCACCGCUGGUAGCGGCGAGGGCUGCGGUGCUCCGACUACCGUCACCGUCACUGACACCGUCACUGUGGUAUGUCAGAAUGUCCGCAUUACAGAUUCGAUCUUACUGACUGUCGCAGACCGCUACCCCUACUGCUACUGCUGGUGCCGGCGACGAGGGCAAGCCCUCUCACCCUGA